AUGUCCUCUGUUUUGACCACGAACUAAAAACGCAUACAGAGACCAGACAAGGAUGUUGUCCGUUGAAAUAUAACUAUGCACAUAUAGCUACCGACAUUCUUAAAACGCAGUUUGAAUCUGUAAAACGUAGUGAUGUGCUGACAGCAACGUUAGCACUGUUUAGCUAAAGGUGUCGUCGUCCAUUACAGCGCCCCCAGAGUUUCGGGGGGGGAUAAAUAUUACGCAGACCAACGCUAGACCCUUGUUUUUAGCUGUAAUGUCAUUACGCCGUCAUUCACAACGAACGUAGUAGCUACUGAACUCAACCAAGACGGUCGAAUAUUUCUAGCAAUGUGACAGAUUACAGUUACUUCUGUGCUCCGGUAAAUAAAUGGAUAUGGACGUUGUCAACAAACGAACGCUACAAGCUAACGGCCGGUAGCUAAGUGGUGUCGAUCUCGGUAGCCGAACUUCAGUGGUGCUAACACAAACAGCUGAGCCUGAAGGAACCAGAAAGCUUCCCGAUAGUUGCCUUUUAAAAGCAACGAGAACGGUUUGUUUUUUAAUCACAAUGAUGGAUGAUGACACGCCAACACUGAAGCCGAGGCGAAUCCAGAAUCAAAACGUAGUUCAUCGUCUAGAGUGGCGCAGAAUCUGCUCAGGUCGACCGGGAGCUCACUGGUACAGAGUACGCUGCUUCCACCAGAACUUGUUCCCCAACUUCACUGUGGUCAACGUGGAAAAGCCCCCAUGCUUUCUUAGAAAGUUCUCACCAGAUGGACGCUGCUUUAUUGCCUUCUCUUCUGACCAGACGUCUCUGGAGAUAUAUGAAUACCAAGGCUGCCAGGCAGCUCAGGACCUGCUGAGAGACCAAGAGGGAGAGACUCUACUUACAGCCAGUGAUCAGCGCUCUCUCAACAUCCGAGGCCACCUGUUUGAUCGCUUUUUCUCCUUGCUCUAUGUCACUAAUGUGGCCUCAAAUGGAGAACACCUCAAUCGGGAGUGUAGCCUCUUCACAGAUGACUGCCGCUAUGUCAUUGUUGGGUCGGCUGUGUACGUUCCCGAGGAGCCGCCACCUUACUUUUUUGAGGUGUAUCGUAACAACGAGUCUGUGACACCUAAUCCCCGUUCUCCUCUAGAAGACUACUCCCUCCAUAUCAUUGACCUCCACACCGGAAAGCUGUGUGACACCAGGGCCUUUAAGUGUGAUAAGAUUAUCCUGUCCCACAACCAGGGCCUCUACCUCUACAGGAACAUCCUGGCUGUGCUGUCGGUCCAGCAGCAGACUAUACAUGUGUUUCAGGUGACUCCAGAGGGAAUGUUUUUGGACGUACGGACUAUUGGGCGGUUCUGUUAUGAGGAUGACCUCCUGACUCUUUCGGCUGUUUAUACGGAGGCUCAGGCUGAGAGCCAGCCCGGCUUCCCUCGCCUGUACACUGAUAAAACUAUCAACUCCCUUAAACACAGGUUGCUGGUCUACCUCUGGAGGAGGGCUGAACAGGAUGGCAGCGCCACCGCCAAGAGAAGAUUCUUCCACUUUUUUGACCAGCUGAGAAGGUUGAGGAUGUGGAAGAUGCAGCUGCUGGAUGAGCAUCACCUCUUCAUUAAAUACACCAGUGAGGAUGUGGUCACCCUCAGAGUCACCGACCCCUCACAGCCUUCGUUCUUUGUCGUAUACAACAUGGUGUCUACAGAGGUGCUGGCCGUUUUUGAGAACACCUCUGACCAGCUGCUGGAACUGUUUGAGAAUUUCUGCGACCUGUUCAGAAACGCUACGCUGCACAGCCAGGCCGUCCAGUUCCCCUGCUCCGCUUCCUCCAACAACUAUGCUCGGCAGGUCCAGAGAAGAUUCAAAGACACCAUUGUGAAUGCCAAAUACGGCGGCCACACCGAGGCAGUGCGCCGGCUGCUGGGUCAGCUGCCUAUCAGUGCCCAGUCUUACAGCAGCAGCCCUUACCUCGACCUGUCCCUCUUCAGCUACGAUGACAAGUGGGUGUCAGUGAUGGAGAGGCCCAAGACCUGUGGAGACCACCCCAUCAGAUUUUAUGCACGUGACUCUGGCUUGCUGAAGUUUAAGAUCCAGGCUGGCCUGCUGGGACGGCCAGUGAAUCACGCUGUGCGACGCCUUGUUGCCUUCACCUUCCAUCCCUUUGAACCCUUUGCCAUUUCUGUCCAGCGCACCAAUGCAGAGUAUGUGGUCAAUUUCCACAUGAGGCAUGUGUUUGCAUGAUUAACUUGUGUCUGUGUGUACAGCAAACUAAACUCCGAGAGCCUGUGGACUCUUCUGUUAGCAGCUGUUGGGAACAACACACACAUAGUAACCCUCUCCUCCAGAGAAAUCAGCAGUCCUCUCCCUGCAUUCUCCUUCUGAGGGAAACCACUGUUCUUCUUCAUGGCACAGUGGACACUCCACCUCCAUCCCUCCUCCC